AUGGUGCUGAACUUAAGAGAACUCAAUUUCCAUGUCCCUUACAAACAUUUUAAAAUGGAAAACUUUGAACAGGCUAUUAGACUGAUUCAUGCAGGGGACUAUUUAGCUUUGGUUGACCUUAGACAUGCUUACUAUUCUGUCAAGAUUGCUGAUGAACAACAAAAGUUUUUGUGUUUUAAGUGGAACAAUACUGUUUAUCAAUUCACAUGUCUUCCUAAUGGUUUUUCAGAGGGGCCACGAAUUUUCACAAAGCUAUUGAAACCAGUUUUUGCAACACUGAGGGAAAGAGGGCAUUCCAUUACUAGCUUUAUUGAUGACACCCUCAUCUGCAAUAACACUUGGUCAGGAUGUCUUGCAACCAUUAAGGACACUAUUGAUCUCCUCCAGAAGUUGGGUUUUUGUAUUAACGCAGAGAAGUCGGUGUUGACACCCACCAGGACCAUUGAGUAUUUGGGGAAUGUGAUUGAUACUAAUUCCAUGACGAUCACCUUACCGGAACGGAGGAGACACAAAAUUAUUCAGGCCUGUCGGAAUCUCUUGGGUAAAAGCAAGGAUAGAAUUAGGGAAGUAGCCAGAGUUACAGGUCUUUUGGUCGCUGCCACUCCUGCUGUGGAAUUAGGGAAACUGCACUACAGGAAGUUGGAGACGGAAAAGACAGCAGCUUUACAGCUUCAGUAUGGUAAUUUUGAUAAUUGGAUGACUAUUACUGCUGACAUGAAAACAGACUUGAGUUGGUGGCUUGAUAACAUCUAUACACAGGACAGGAAAAUUUUUAGGGGUGGCACGGAUAUUGAUUUAUACACAGACGCUUCCAGUUUAGGCUUGGGGGGCCAUCUCAACAAUCGAGCCACGUCGGGUAGAUGGUCUUUGGAGGAAAAAUUACUACAUAUUAAUGCGCUUGAAUUGAAAGCCAUUUUGUUUGUCCUUCAGACUUUUAGACGGGAGUUGAAAGGGCAUUACAUUAAGGUUUAUUGUGACAAUACCACAGCAAUGACAUAUGUGAACGAGAUGGGAGGUACUAGGUCUCAAGUGUGCAAUGUAAUUGCGGGACAUAUUUGGCAGUGGUGUGUGGAUAAUGGGGCUUGGAUCACGUGUUCACACAUCCCAGGCAAGGACAACACACUAGCUGAUUUAGCCUCUCGUAAGGUGAAUGACAGGCAUGAGUGGAAACUGGACAUACACCUAUUCCAACAAUUGUGUGGCAUCUUUGGUACUCCAGUGGUUGAUUUGUUUGCAUCUCGGCUCAAUAGGCAGGUAGAUUUAUUUUGUUCUUGGAAGCCAGAUCCAGAAGCAACUUAUUUUGAUGCCUUCUCUCUGAACUGGGCACGGUUUGGACUAUGUUAUAUUUUUCCUCCAUUUUCACUAAUUACUAGGUGUUUGCAAAAGAUGCGUGCGGAAGGGACGACAGGGUGGAUAGUAGUGCCACUGUGGAUGUCGCAGCCAUGGAUGGGCACCCUGCUCAGGAUGUUGGUGGAUCACCCAAGAGUAAUCAUGGAGAAACACGGGGUCCUUGUUCAUCCAUCCUCUGACGAAGAGCACCCGAUCAUGCGGCACACGCGAUUGAUGGCAUGUUCGAUAUCGGGGAACACUUGCAGGAACAAGGAAUAUCUGCGGCAGGGGCAAAAAUCAUCAUGGCCUCGUGGAAAACAGGAACGUGGGUUACGAAUCAAUUAA